UCUUCACCCAGCAGAUACCAGUCCCCAGCAACCUUCAGUGUACUCAUUCUGAUGGGUCAGAAGGCUUGGAUAGAGAAGACCUUUUCAAAAAGAGAAUGCAUUUAUGUAAUUGCCAACAACAAAGACAUUAGCAGGUGCUGCUGUGGCCAGCUCAUUAACCAGCAUAUUCCACCUCCUCCAAGUACAACAGCUAAUAAAAAUGGAGAAGAAACAAAGCAAGUGGAAGCUCAGCCAGAGAAGUGGUCCAUCAGCAAACACACCCAAACGUACCCAACUGAUGCUUAUGGAAAUCUUGAAUUCCAGGGAGGAGGACAUUCAAAUAAGGCCAUGUAUAUCCGUGUGUCGUAUGACACCAAACCAGAUUCUCUGCUGCAUCUCAUGGUGAAAGACUGGCAACUAGAAUUGCCCAAACUCUUAAUCUCUGUGCAUGGAGGCCUCCAGAACUUUGAAAUGCAGCCGAAACUGAAACAAGUAUUUGGAAAAGGUCUGAUAAAGGCUGCCAUGACCACCGGAGCCUGGAUUUUCACUGGAGGUGUUAGUACAGGUGUCAUUCGUCAUGUGGGAGAUGCCUUGAAAGACCAUUCUUCAAAAUCCAGAGGACGAAUCUGUGCCAUAGGAAUUGCACCAUGGGGCAUUGUAGAAAACAAGGAAGAUCUGAUAGGAAAAGAUGUAACACGUGUUUACCAAACAAUGUCAAACCCUCUAAGCAAGCUUUCUGUGCUCAACAGUUCCCACACCCACUUCAUUCUGGCAGACAAUGGUACUCUAGGUAAAUAUGGAGCUGAAGUGAAGUUACGACGUCAGUUGGAAAAACACAUUUCUCUCCAGAAAAUUAAUACACGGCUGGGACAGGGUGUUCCUGUAGUUGGGCUUAUUGUGGAAGGUGGUCCCAAUGUUAUCUCCAUUGUUUUGGAGUGCCUACGAGAAGAACCUCCUCUCCCUGUAGUGAUUUGUGAUGGUAGUGGACGAGCAUCUGAUAUUCUGUCAUUUGCACACAAGUAUUCAGAAGAAGGAGGGAUAAUAAGUGAAUCUCUCAGGGACCAGCUUCUAGUAACUAUCCAGAAAACCUUCAAUUACAGCAGGAGUCAAGCUCAUCAGCUGUUUAUCAUUCUGAUGGAAUGCAUGAAAAAAAAGGAACUUAUCACUGUGUUCCGUAUGGGGUCUGAAGGGCAACAGGACAUUGAGAUGUCUAUCCUAACUGCUCUCCUCAAAGGUACCAAUGCAUCUGCUCCAGACCAGCUCAGCUUGGCUUUAGCCUGGAACCGUGUAGACAUUGCACGCAGCCAAAUAUUUGUCUUUGGACACCACUGGCCACCUUUAGGAAGCCUUACAGCUAGUGAUGGUACAGCCCCUGAGAAGGAAAAGAAAUCUCCAGCAGUUCAGACUAAAGCAGCCAGAGCAAAAGGAAAGGGGAAGAAAAAAGGAGGAAAAGUAAAAGAAGAGCCAGAAGAAGAAACAGAUCCAAGGAAGCUUGAACUCUUGAACUGGGUGAAUUCGCUGGAGCAGGCUAUGCUGGAUGCACUGGUUCUGGAUCGAGUGGACUUUGUUAAACUACUCAUUGAGAAUGGAGUUAACAUGCAACAUUUCCUCACUAUUCCUCGACUGGAAGAACUUUAUAAUACUAGAUUGGGUCCUCCAAAUACACUGCAUUUGCUAGUCAGAGAUGUGAAAAAGGGCAAUCUUCCACCAGAUUAUCAUAUCAGCCUAAUAGAUAUUGGUCUUGUACUUGAAUAUCUCAUGGGUGGAGCUUAUCGCUGCAACUAUACUAGAAAAAGUUUUCGGACUCUUUAUAAUAAUUUAUUUGGACCAAAGAGGCCAAAAGCUCUUAAACUACUAGGGAUGGAGGAUGAUGAGCCUCCUACGAAAGGAAAGAAGAAGAAGAAGAAAAAGGAGGAAGAGAUUGAUAUUGAUGUGGACGACCCAGAAGUGAGCCGCUUUCAGUAUCCAUUUCAUGAACUGAUGUUAUGGGCCGUGCUGAUGAAAAGGCAAAAGAUGGCACUCUUCCUUUGGCAACGAGGGGAGGAAACUAUGGCCAAAGCACUUGUUGCUUGUAAGCUGUACAAAUCUAUGGCACAUGAGUCUUCUGAAAGUGAACUGGUGGAUGACAUCUCUCAGGAUCUGGACAACAACUCAAAAGAUUUUGGCCAGCUAGCUGUUGAACUCUUGGAUCAGUCCUACAAACACGAUGAGCAGAUUGCCAUGAAACUACUGACCUACGAACUAAAAAACUGGAGUAACUCUACCUGCCUGAAGCUGGCUGUGGCAGCUAAACACAGGGACUUCAUUGCUCACACGUGCAGCCAGAUGCUCUUAACAGAUAUGUGGAUGGGGCGACUACGUAUGCGAAAAAACCCAGGCCUUAAGGUUAUAAUGGGGAUUCUCUUCCCUCCAACCAUCCUUUUCCUAGAGUUUCGCAGUUACGAUGAUUAUUCUUACCAGACAUCACGAGAAAAUGAAGAAGGCAAAGAAAAGGAGGAGGAAAAUGUGGAUGCAAACGUGGACACAGGUUCCCGGAAAGGGGAUGAAGAGAAUGCAAAUAAAAAGCAAAACAGCCUUCCAAUUGGAACAAAGAUCUAUGAAUUCUAUAAUGCUCCUAUUGUCAAAUUUUGGUUCUACACAAUAUCAUACCUGGGUUACUUGAUGCUAUUUAACUAUAUCAUCUUGGUGCGGAUGGAACGGUGGCCAUCUGUCCAGGAAUGGAUUGUCAUCUCCUACAUUGUGACAUUGGCUUUAGAGAAAGUAAGAGAGAUUCUCAUGUCAGAGCCUGGAAAGCUGAGUCAAAAAGUGAAAGUUUGGCUCCAGGAAUACUGGAAUAUUACUGAUCUGGUGGCUAUUUCAGUAUUUAUGAUAGGAGCAGUUCUUCGCCUACAGAACCAGCCUUACAUGGGUUAUGGAAGAGUAAUUUACUGUGUAGAUAUAAUUUUCUGGUACAUUAGAGUACUAGAUAUCUUCGGUGUGAACAAAUAUCUGGGACCUUACGUCAUGAUGAUUGGAAAGAUGAUGAUUGACAUGCUCUACUUUGUGGUCAUCAUGCUUGUGGUUCUGAUGAGUUUUGGAGUAGCACGCCAAGCAAUCCUGCACCCAGAUGAGGAGCCUUCUUGGAGACUAGCUCGGAACAUCUUCUAUAUGCCCUACUGGAUGAUCUAUGGAGAGGUGUUCGCAGACCAGAUAGACCUCUAUGCCAUGGAAAUCAAUCCUCCUUGUGGAGACAAUCUUUACGAUGAGGAUGGUAAACGUCUCCCUCCGUGCAUACCAGGGGCCUGGCUCACUCCCGCUAUUAUGGCUUGUUACCUCUUGGUAGCAAAUAUUCUGCUGGUAAACCUGCUGAUUGCAGUCUUCAACAAUACCUUCUUUGAAGUAAAAUCAAUAUCCAACCAAGUCUGGAAGUUCCAGCGGUACCAGCUGAUCAUGACAUUCCAUGACAGACCUGUCCUCCCACCACCAAUGAUUAUCUUCAGCCACCUCUACAUAAUCAUCAAGCGAGUCUGCUGUCGCUGCAAGAAGCGUGAAGGAGACCAGGAUGAGCGUGACAGGGGGCUGAAGUUAUUUCUAAAUGAUGAAGAGCUAAAAAAGCUGUACGAGUUUGAAGAGCAGUGUGUAGAAGAAUACUUUCAGGAAAAAGAGGAUGAGCAGCAAUCAUCUAAUGAUGAACGCAUCAGAGUUACCUCUGAAAGAGUUGAAAAUAUGUCAAUGAGGCUAGAAGAAGUGAAUGAAAGAGAACAUUUCAUGAAAGCUUCUCUUCAAACAGUUGACCUUCGACUCUCUCAGUUAGAAGAACUAUCUGGUCGGAUGGUGAAUGCUCUUGAGAAGCUGGCAGGUGUUGACAAAUCUGAGCUAACGUAUACACGUUCACGGGCUUCAUCUGAAUGUGAUGCUGCGUAUCUCCUAAGGCAAAGCAGUGUCAACAGCUCGGAUGGCUACAGCAUGUACAGAUAUCAUGUUGGUGGUGAUGAGUUAGCAUAUGAUGACAGCACAGCUCCAAUGUCACCAGCCAUAGGAUCACGUAAAAAAGCUCAUUCUGUUAGUACAAAAGAAGAUGGAGCAGACCCAAGGAUGCUGGUUCCAGAGCACCAUACAAGUCUCCAUUAUACCUCUAGUGCUAAUGCAGUGACCCCAGCAGAUUGCAGUAGAUCUGCAUUAGGCAUUGCACAGAAUAUUUCCAGUCCCCAUUCUGGCUCAGGUGGUUUAGGGGAUGAAAACCAAGGAAUUUUCAAGAAGGAUGAAAUGGCUUCUCAAAGUUUAAACCAGAUGGAUGUUGUUAUGAACAGACAAUUGGUACCAAGAUCAGAUUUUCAGAACACUCAGCUAAAAGUAGAACGUACCAAGUUAGAGGCAACCAUCUCUUAUCCGUUGGACAAAUCUAAAGCAAUGCGCUAUUUUCCUCCUGAAACAUUCAGUACUUGUCAAACUACUAUGAUGAAGUCAAGGAGCUUUAUAUUUGCACAGGGUGGGAAGCUGGUUGGAGGGGUGAACAACUGGACAACAGAAUAUAGUACCAUCAUGGAUCAGGUGUGCCCUUCAACAAUUGAGCAGUGGGCUACAGAGUGGAAAUACGAAGUUGAGCAGCAACUUUCUCAAGAACGUCCUCCGGCAUACCCAGGUAUUAUCUCUGAAGCAGAGAGGCAAGCAGAACAGAAACAAUUACAGAUGGACACAGAUGAUGACAGUGAUGUUGGUGAAGCAGGUAUUAGUGCCUCUUACGCCUCUAUGCCUGCUGCUGUCAAAACUCAGACAGAGAACUUGUUAUCAGUAAAGCCAGAAAGGACUUCUGGGUUCCCAUCAGUACGAUCAAAGAGUUUGCACAGCCAUUCUCGGAAAGCCAAGUCUAUAAAGGACAAAUUAAACAGACCAGGACAUGCCACUAGUGUAACUAACUUAGUAGUAGCAUUUGGCAGUGCAACAGAAGAACAGAAAGCUAGGCAAGAAAAUGCGUCCACAGAAACUGAGUGUUGAAAUGGCUUAUGGCCCCUGUUUUAUUGACCGUCAAAAAAGUAGUGCGGCUAAUUGAAAAAAAGGAUUUUUUAACUAAUCUAUACAGAAUAAUGUU